AUGAUCGAUGCGCUGAGCAAAUUCGCAUGGGCAGUAGGGAUGAAGAGUAAGAGCGGAAAAGAGAUGGCUGACGUCAUCGCCGAGAUAAUUCGGAAGAGCGGAAGAUGUCCACGCAACUUGCAAACGGAUAUGGGCAAAGAGUUUUACAACGCCGAUGUGCAGAAACUCUUGAGGAAACGCCAUAUUAAUCAUUAUUCCACGAUCUUACAAGUGGGUCGACGAGCUGCCGCGUCUGGUUUUCGAAUACAACGACAUAGAACGAUAGGUAUGCGGCCUGUGGAUGUAACGCCGGCGUCGGCUAAAAAGCUGUUGAAUACCGUGUAUAGUCACGUUAAGAUCGCUGCUUCUGCAAAAUUCAAGGUCGGAGCUAAGGAUCGCGAUACUUGCCGGUCAAAUGACAGUGAUCAUGCACUCGUCGAUUGUCAAGCCACUCGUUACGGGUAA